CAAAUCAUUUAUACAAUCAAUUCAUUUGAUCUCAAGAUAUGGCACAACACGUAGAAUCAAUGGAGACAUCACUCGAGACCACAGAUGACGGCAAUGAAGACAAAGAGAUACAACCACAAAUCUACGCAAAAGAGUCUUUGGAUCGAUUCGGUGAUGACUUGUGUGCACUUCUCUUGUCUUACUUGUCAACAAAAGAUCGAUUCCGAUACGAAUGUGUGUCCAAACAGUUCCAGAGGAAUAUCUACAAAAGUGUCGUAACCUUCAAAUUAAACGACAAAUUAAUCCGAAAAAUGCCCGAAAGAUAUUACCCGCAAAUGUUGGCCACAAUUACCACAAAGUGUCCCAACAUUGAGAUCAUUGACUGCCGAAGACUGGAAUCGAGUCGCCUCUCGAGUCAAACGACAAAUUAA